CAACUUGCAGCGUCCACCUCACCCACAGCUCUGGCCUCAUACUCACUCUCUACGACAGCCAUGGCUCAGUCACUGGCUCUGAGCCUCCUUUUCCUGGUCCUGGCCUUCUGCAUCCCCUGGACCCAAGGCAGUGAUGGAGGGGCACAGGACUGUUGCCUCAAGUACAGUGGAAAGAAGAUACCCACCAAGGUUGUUCGCAGCUACAAGAAGCAGGAACCAAGCUUGGGCUGCCCCAUCCCAGCUAUCCUGUUCUCACCUCGGAAGCGCUCUCAGCCAGAACUCUGUGCAGACCCUAAGGAGGACUGGGUGCAGCAGCUGAUGCAGCAUCUGGACACAAUACCAGCCUCACAGAAACCAGCCUCACAGAAACCAGCCCCACAGAAACCAACCCCACGGAAAACAGUCCCACGGAAACCAGCCCCACGCUGUAAGAAGGGAAAGAACUCCAAAGGCUGUAAGAGGACUGAACAGCCACAGACCACAAAAAAGCCAUAG